CGGAAAAAUUCAUAACUACAAUCCCAAACUUAUCCUCAAAUAGGUACUCUGUAUUUUUGUCAGAUCCUGUUUUUAAAGGAGUUUUCCUUCUCUUCCUCGGCAAGGACAAUUAUGGCAAUGCAAAUCUUGGAAUUGUAAGUAAUUAGUAUAAAUAUUGGGUAGCUGAAAUUGUAACUUCGAGGCUCUGGUUCGGGUUCAGGAGGCUCAAGCACGGAAAAGGCUGUAACAGUCGCCAAAAAUUGCUCCCAAUUCUCUGCUCUUAAAGAUCUGUGGAGAAGUGAAGCAAUGAGGCAAGGAGAGGAAGAGAUGGUUUCCAGCUUCAAUGAGAUUGGGAAUGAAGGUAAAGAAGAAGAGACGAGAGAUGAAUCCAAGUUCAACAUCAAGAGCCUUCUCUGGCAUGGUGGCUCUGUAUGGGAUGCCUGGUUCAGCUGUGCUUCAAAUCAGGUGGCUCAAGUUCUGUUGACCCUUCCAUAUUCGUUCUCUCAAAUGGGAAUGGCAUCAGGGGUCGUUCUGCAGUUCUUUUAUGGUCUUCUUGGAAGCUGGACUGCAUAUCUCAUAAGUUGCCUCUAUGUUGAAUACAGAACCAGGAAGGAGAAAGAGAAUGUCAGCUUCAAGAACCAUGUCAUCCAGGUUCGUCUCUCAAUAUCACUCAUCUUAAAAACCCAUGAAAUUAUGCAUGCAAUGUGGAAGCCUCAAAAGUUCAAGUACAUUUAUCUGUAUGCCACCCUUUAUGUCUUCACCCUCACCCUUCCAUCGGCUAUUGCCAUGUACUGGGCCUUCGGCGACCAACUCCUUACUCAUUCCAAUGCCUUUUCACUCCUUCCGCACACUGGAUGGCGUGAUGCAGCUGUUAUCCUAAUGCUAAUUCACCAGUUUAUAACGUUCGGGUUUGCUUGUACACCAUUGUAUUUUGUGUGGGAGAAAGUGCUGGGAAUGCAUGACACAAAAAGCAUAUUUUUAAGGGCACUGAUUCGAUUGCCCGUGGUGAUACCAAUAUGGUUCUUUGCCAUCAUAUUCCCUUUCUUUGGUCCCAUAAACUCAGCUGUAGGGGCUCUUCUUGUCAGCUUUACCGUCUAUAUCAUCCCUGCUUUGGCUCACAUGCUCACUUACAGAUCAGCAUCUGCCCGACAGAGUGCAGCAGAGAAGCCGCCUAUCUUCAUCCGCAGCUGGACAGGGAUGUAUGUGGUGAAUAGCUUUAUUGUGAUAUGGGUUCUUGUUGUUGGAUUUGGAUUGGGAGGGUGGGCUAGCGUGACAAAUUUCAUCAACCAAGUCGAUACCUUUGGUCUCUUUGCCAAGUGCUACCAGUGUCCUGCCCCUGUUACGGCAAAACAUCACUAGGUUCAAAUUCAGAAAGAUGGGAAUAAGAAAUAUUAUCUUAGCUUGCAACUUCAGGGAACUUCAGCAACUCUCAUUUGUAUCAUACACAGGCAGUAAUCAACAUGGGCAUCUCUAUAAAUAUGUGGUAUGCUGUGUUUUCCCUUCUUUUGUCCGGCCUUUAUAUACAGACAGGGUUUUGAAUUGUUGCAGCGCCCUGAAGCAAUGUUUUAUUUUGUCCAGAAAGCAGUGUGAUGAUCUAUUGUUUCUAAGAUGAUCAUAAGAAAUUCCAAAUAGCAUU